AGGGCGGGAAUCGAUGCGAGAGCAUUCAUUCACCGAUGUUUUCCGAUAAGUCCCGACGAUGGCAUUAUGUACCUGAGUAUAUUUUUGUAAAAAUAAUGAAAUGAAACACUGCAGUCCAGUUUAUUGAGAUGAUGUAUACACACGAUCGAGUAAGAUAACGACGUUGAAUAAGUUAAAAUCAUUUUAUUUUUCCAUCCCGAUUUCUCGGCCCGCAGUGUGACGUCACGCAAAGAUCAUCAACAAAGUUGAGAAUUUGGUGAGAGAGACUUGACUUUCAGACAAUCGUUUACAAGAUUGUGACCUUGAUGGUCAACCAAGACCAGUCCCGAUGAUAGACUAAGGAUCAAUCUACGCAUCUGGGCAGCAAUAUUGAGAGGCUGUUGACAAAAAUAUAGCUUAUAGCCCGGGAAUGUUCAACAAUAUUGGUUAAGGACCGCCAUCUUGGACUCCUAACUCUACGAGUAAAGAUUCCAACCCGAAGUAAUUUUUCAAACGGAACGAGAACAAAGACCACCAAACCUUCUUAGUCCAGCACUAGAAGACCCAGUUUUCAUAAACUACUAUUUGUGGACUGAAUUGUUACCAAGACCACGGAACUGAAAGAAAAGAAAUGAGAGGCGUGAUUUGAAGUUUACUGGAGACUGAAAUCCUGAUAAUAUGCAUUAAACCGAAUUACUGGCUUAGUCGUUAUGGAAAGCAAUGUCAACCUACAGAGCCUUGAUCCACGGAAACAAGAGUUACUCGAGGCCCGUUUUCUCGGCAGCAGGUUUCAGCCAUUGAAUGUUUCAUCCAACCCCCAAGAGAAUAACAGUAACCUCAGUGCUGGGUCGAAUGCAGGGGAGGAUGAGGCACACUUGAUAUUAACUCCUGAGAAACAACCCAGGACUCCAUCAGAGAGAAAGCGAAAGAGGAAAGCCACAGCCAAUGACAGCACUGAGAGCACGACUCCAAAAUCCACGCGGCCUGAAGCGAAUGGGAAGAAAAUCAAUGAUUAUUUUAAGCAAAACCAGUCCCCUAGUAGAAGCUCAGUGAAUGCACACCUUGGAACCAAAUCACCCUCUCCUCAGGGUAUUCCCUAUGGUUACACAGUUCCUUCCCCUGGCAGUCUUAGUAAUUCUGACAGUAUGGGAUACCCACCUCAGCGGUCCCUCUACCAGUACCACAAAGCUGUACAGACAGAGGUAGAAUACGUCAACAGCGGGGAACACAAAGACAAUCGCAUUGAAGACCUACUACGGCAAAAUGAGGAACUUCGACGGCAAGUAACCACGCAACAGUCGCAGUUGACUGCACAACAGAAACUUAUCGAGAAAAACAAAGAUACCGCCCAAAAGUGUCUCCAAGUCAACAAGUCUCUUUUGAUUGAAAAGAGCAAGUUGGAGAAGAAGACGACGAGGCAGAAGUCGAUGGGGAAUCGGUUACGUCUAGGGCAGUUUGUCACCCAGAGACAAGGGGCCACGUUUGUGGAGAACUGGGUGGAUGGAUGGGCAUUUACGGACCUAAUGAAGCAACAGGAGAGGAUUGCACAGGAGAGGGAAGAUAUUGAGAAACAGCGAAAACUUCUAGUCAAGAAAAAACCCAACUCCACAGUCACAAAAAAUUCCAAAAACGACAAUUUUCUAAAACCAGGUGGAGAGAAACCUCUGACAUUAGCAGAGUUUUACGAACAGGAUGAAAUCCUAAAAUUACGACAAGCUAGUCUAAAAAAGGAAGAUGCGGACAUUCAGUUAGAACUAGAGAAAUUAGAAAGGGAGAGGAAUCUUCACAUACGAGAGCUCAAACGAAUCCAUAAUGAGGAUAACUCCAGGUUUAAGGACCAUCCAACUCUCAAUGAAAGAUAUUUAUUAUUAAAUUUACUAGGGAAAGGCGGAUUUAGUGAAGUUCACAAGGGCUUUGACCUCAAGGAGCAAAGAUAUGUUGCAUGUAAAAUUCACCAGUUAAAUCGAGAAUGGAAAGACGAUAAAAAAGCCAAUUACAUAAAACACGCCCUAAGGGAAUACAACAUUCACAAAACAUUGGACCAUCCCAGGAUUGUUCGGUUAUAUGAUGUUUUUGAAAUCGACAAUAAUUCAUUCUGCACGGUGCUGGAGUAUUGUGAGGGAAAUGACCUUGACUUCUACCUAAAGCAGAACAAAUCCAUUCCAGAAAAGGAAGCUCGCUCGAUCAUCUCGCAGACGGUCAGCGCUCUCAAAUAUCUCAAUGAGAUCAAGCCCCCUGUGAUUCACUAUGACCUAAAACCAGGAAAUAUAUUACUGGGAAGCGGGUCUGUUAGUGGGGAGAUUAAGAUCACGGACUUCGGCCUCAGCAAGAUCAUGGAUGAGGAAAAUAUUACUCCUGAUGGCAUGGAUCUCACUUCUCAAGGAGCGGGAACAUACUGGUAUUUACCACCAGAGUGCUUUGUUGUGGGGAAAAAUCCUCCAAAAAUUUCUUCCAAGGUUGAUGUGUGGUCAGUGGGCGUGAUAUUUUACCAGUGUUUAUAUGGCAAAAAGCCAUUCGGACACAAUUUAUCUCAAGCUGCCAUUUUAGAAGAAAACACAAUAUUAAAGGCUACCGAGGUAGAAUUUCCUUCCAAGCCGCCGGUCAGCGGGGAGGCUAAGAAUUUCAUUCGGCAGUGCUUGUUAUACAAAAAAGAGAUGAGGCCAGACGUAUUACUCUUAUCUCAACACGAGUACCUUAAACCCACACAACUUAAGUCCAGAGGGCAUUCAAAUGACCCCUCACUAAUGACUCAGAGCCCGGGACCACCAUCCACUGGUACACAUGCACUAACUCUCAGCCAAUCCCCCUCAUUCACGUUCGGCGAGAAACUAUGAUAAUCAGUUUAGUGUGAUAUUUUCUAAUUCACUUUGCCCUCCCCAUUCUCACUGGAAGAUAGCAGGGUGCUUGAUCUUACCAAAUUGAAGGUUGGAUUAAAUCCCUGAUGGAAACGAGGCUUGUGAUUAAUUCUGGAGGGAUUAAACCAUGUAUGUUUUCUCUCCAGAGUGUAGUGCAAGGGUGAAAGGACUUGAAGAAUAUUUCAUGUGAUCAAGCUUUCAUCUGGGAUAGUGGGGGAAAUUCCUUGUUGAAAAUGAUGAGGAAGAACAGUUGUGAAUAGUGAUGAAUUGUACAUAAAUUAUUGAAAAUAAUUUCCAACACUGAUGCUUCUUGUGUACAAUGCAGAAAAACAAAAUCGUCAUACUUGUUUAUUAGGUGUUAUAAACAACAUUCUUGUUAUUUUUUACUUGCCAAAUAUGUGAUUCAGUGAUGGAAGUUGUGAGUGUUACCAUGGCAAUGAUGUUUUCCUUGGCAACCAGCAUGAAAUGUUUUCUUUGAGAGUUUACUGUUUGAAUACCAGGCUGUGUGAGAAGAAGUGAUGAAGAAAAUUUUAUCAACAAAUCAAAUCAACACUACUUCACCCCCGGGGGAAGUCUUCGACUUUAAAGUUCAGCAAUGGUCACAAUGUCUUCGCCACAGGAAGUAAACAAGAAAUUGUACAGGAAAUCUGUCGUCAAAAAAAUGCAAGAAUAACUUCAACAUAGAAUUUCUGGCUCGGUAUAGUGGUAUUUUUGUUAGACAGUAGUAGGUAGUGAGCAAUAGGAACUUGUUUGUGGUAUUGGCUGUGAUAAAAGCUUCACUGAUGAAGUUUGUCUCAUUUCUGGCCUCUUUAUCCAAAUAUUCUGCAAUACAAUCUCGAUACAUGGUAAUUUUGAUGAAGAUAAUCUUAUUUAAUUCUCAUUAAAAGCUGUGACAGCAAUCAAUUCAUCGUAGACAUGAUAGAGUAUAUACACAGAAAUUAACAGGGGAAGUAUGUUGAAUCAUGCGAAGAAUAGCACAAAAAUAGCAUCUUUGUAGUGGGAAGUUGUAUAUCUUUUAUUCGCCGUGUAUAUACCGUGUAUUUGGAAGGCUAUGCUAAGCGAACAUAUACACUGUUUCAAUGAGCUGGGUAAAGUAAAUUUAAAAUCGCACUAUUUUAGAUAUCAUUUUAAUUCUGUCUAACUUCACACAAGGUUAAACGCAGCAUGCAAUAACCAGAAAGUACCUUUAUCUGACGGAUGUUGGAUAAAGCUAUCGUUUAUCCACGGGGUGACUUUAUCUGACGGAUGUUGGAUAAAGCUAUCAUUUAUCCACGGGGUGACUUUAUCUGACAGAUGUUGGAUAAAGAUAUCGUUUAUCCACGGGGUGACAUACGCCACAAGUGUAAGGGAAAUGAAUAGUAGUGUAGUUGUUUUUCAGGAUGUAUUUCUAGAAAAUUUGGAGAAAGAAGCCAACUUUGGACAAACAAAAUAUGCACAGUGACAAAAUAUGUGUAGGAAAUCCUGACUGAGAUAGUGCUAACAUUGACCGUCGUUUAAUGUUGUAUGCAAGCAUGUAAGAUUAGGGCCUGUUGUGUCAAACUAUUUGACUUUACGAAGGCAUCCUAACAUCACAAUGAUGCACUUUCAUUUUUCAAGUUACUUAAUUUAGAAUAUACUAAAUCUGAUUUGAAUUGGAUUAGCAUUCAAGGAAACCUAGGGAAUUUGAAUGAUAAACCUGCCUGUUAUGUGUUGGCUGUGUGAUGCGCUCGUGAUUCUCCAUUAUCUGUUCCCUGUGUAUGAUGGUGAUGUAAUAUUUAUAUGACCAAGCGACAUGAGCACGAAUGAGCAUGGUGAUGUGAAGUGGAGAGAUUUCAUAUCAAAUUAUUGAGUGUGUUUUCAAAUUGGAUAAAAUGUGUAACUGGUAGUUUCUCGUGUGGAUGUUUCGGAACUAGGGCUUAUGGACAUUGAUGAUCUUUGAGUAUUUGAUAAUGAGAAUUCAAAUGUGUCUGUCUCAUUUGUUAGCUCACCCGAGUCUUCUUCGGCUCAGGUGAGCUUUUCUGAUCAAGUUUUGUCUGUCUUCUGUCCAUUCGUAAACUUUUAAUAUUUUAGACUUCUUCUCCAUAAGCGCAGGGCCAAUUUUAAUCGAACUUACCUUAAAGCUUUCUUGGGUAAAGGGGAUUCGUGUUUGUUCAAAUGAUGGAACAUGCCCCCUUUAAAGGGGAGAAAAUCAUGAAAAUGCGAAAAUAGAGUGGGGUAAUUUAUAAAUCUUCUCAAAAGAACCACUGAGCCAGAGAAGUUGAAAUUUAUAUGAAAGCUUCCUGACAUAGAGUAGAUUUAAGUUUGUGCAAAUCAUGGCCCGCGGUGUAGGAUCGGACCGAAAUAGGGGAUGGAAGUUUUAUAUGCUGAUAAGAUAUAUAGGAAAAAUCUUUAAGAAUGUCUCUUGAACUAUUUAAGCUAAGGCUUUCGUAUUUUGUAUAUACAUUCUUACAGCAAGACCUUUCAUGUGAUGCAAUGGUGUGUGAUCUUGGUGCCUUGACCUGGAAGUUUGACCUACUUAAAAUAGAAAUCAUACCUCUUCAAUAUAUCCUGAACAAUUUAAGAUGGAUCUUUCAUAUUUUGUAUAUAGAUUUCUUGUGGCAAGACUUUUCAUUUCAUACUUUGACCUUGUGACCUUGAAAUUUGACCUACUUUUAAGAAAACGUCACAUGUUAAAUAUCUUCAGAACUAUACAAGCAGGGCUUUCAUAUUUUGUAUUUAGAUUCUUUAUGACAAGAUCUUGUGAUACAAUUGUAUUUGAUCCUGUGACCUUGAUCUACUUUUUUAAAAACCUGACUUAAUAAAUAUAUCCUAAACUAUUUAAGGUAGAGCUUUCAUAUUUUUAUAUAGAUUGUUGUUGUACCUUGUGACCUUUACCUGGAAGUUUGACGUACUUAUGAUAAAAAUCUGACAUUCAAUAUCUCCUGAACUAUUUAAGAUAGAGCUUUCAUAUUUUGUAUAUAAAUGUCUUAAAGCAAGGUCUUUCAUUUCAUACCUUGAUCUAUGACCUUGAUCUUAUCCAGAACAGCAAGGUCAUGUUAGUCAUAUUGGUGUUGACUGUUGAGACAUCUCUGUUGUGUGAAUUCACUUUCAGUUGUGUUGUGAUCCUUAGGUUGGGGCCACAAUAUGGGGUCAAAAACUUUCAUGGGAAGAAAGAUUGAUAAAAAAAAUCUUUUAAAAAUCACAGCAUUAACAAUGACAGGGCCAAGGUGAGUGGAAUGGCCCAUGGGCCUCUUGUUAAUUAUGUGGUUUCCAAGGUCUACAUAAGGAAGGCUAUUUUAUCGUGAAUCAAAUUGCACAGGAUCCUUAAGUUGAGAUAAUCAUGUCUAUGAACAAUUGAAAGCAGGCGAGGUAGUGUAAAUUGAAAUGUUCUGAUUAAUCAAAUUUCUCGGUGUUUGUAAAGGAUUUUGUGGUAAUUGUCUUAAGUUAUUGAAAUCCACACAUAUGAGAUUAUGAUAUUAAUUAUUAAAACUUAAUAUUAAAGAAAAAAUAUAUACUUGUCUUUCCAUCCUCCUGAGAAAAUUAAUUCUGUUUAUGAUAGAAGCCUUUAUUAAUGAUUAAGAAGUAAUGUUCAAGGAUAAUUGAACUAACAGUACUGAAUGUAUAUUUAGAAUUUAUUAAGUUUGAAGGGAAUUUUUUUUAAAAACUUUUAAUGCUAAAUUUUAAUUGAAAUUUUUUUAAAUUGUGUUUGCUGGUAAGAGUUUUUUUCUCUCUUUUUUGUGUAGUCUAAAUUUUAUGAAUUGAUCUUGAUCGGACAUAGAAUUUUGUACUUGAAUUAAAAGUAGAUAUUGUAAAAUGGAAAAUUUAUUGAAAAUUGUGUGAUUACAGUAUCUUUCUUGUGAUGGACCGAUUAUGUGAACUGUUCAAUGGUUACUUAAGUGACAAAAAACAUGUUACCUGUCACAUUAUUUUUAGUUAUAUAAUGUUUUCAUGUUUGGUCAUGUGUGCUUUUACGUACUAAUCUAGUUGUGGUGCAAAUACUGGAAGACAUUCAGAGUUCUUGAAAUAGCAUUCUUGAUUUUGUGAAACAUUCAAACUGACAGAACCUAGAACAUGAUUGGUCCUAAUACAUUAUUAUCAGCUCCAUACCAAAUGACAGUCAUUAUAGUAAGCUGUUGAGAACUGGAGGCCACCUAGAAUUCAUUUUUUUUUUUUUUUUUUUAAUUAAUUUUUGCCAUUAAAUAUUCUUGAUUUCCCUCUGAAAUUAUCUUAUCCAGUCUGGAUAUCACCAGUUUGGUUGUAACCAUGGUGAUAUUGUUGGCAACCACAUCUAAAAGCCAAAAUUGAAAUAAAGAAGAUUUUGAAAUUCCAAAUUUCACUAUUUUACACAUUUGACAUUUAGACUGAUAAAGCAAUGUUUAAUGUUGAACAUUGAUAAUUUUCAAAGCAAAUUGGACGAAAUCGAUAUUUUCAAGAACUCUGGAUAUUGGUUACUGUGCAGUGUUAAAAACAAACUUUCUAACAUUUUAGGUGCAUUUAUUUUUAUCUGAUAUUUUAUCUUUGGGCAUUGGAUAGCAAUAAUUACUUUCUAAUGUUUGGGAACUGAAAUUUCAGUUUCAAUUUUUUAAAAAAAGAAAAGCACAACUGCUGAUAGUUUUUAAGAUUUGGUGCAAGCAUUUGCUAAUUUUGUUGUUGAACUUGCAAGAGUUAACCCCCUUUGUAUACUGAAAGCUGUACAUUACUUCUUUGGCAGACAUUUUAGUCUGGCCAACUUUAAAUCUUUACUUUUUUGACGUAACAACUAUAAUAUAUGUUGUAAAGGCCGAUUAGAAAUAUUUAUUCACAGUUAUGUUGAUUUUCUAUUUGUAACAGGGCAGUAUAACAAUUAGAACAAAAAAAAUUCAGUGGAGGAUUGAACUUGUAUUUAACUUUGUUUAUUUAUAGAUUAUGAUUGUUGGUAAUCAUUGUUUUAAGAAAAUCUUAUUUAGCAUGGUUUUUUUUUAGGUUUACACGGUAUUUCAUGUGUAUCAAGAUCUAUUAUAAUCCAUCAUGGGGUGGUGAACAGCAUUUGUAGGAGUCGGUAUUUUCUCGCAUUGUUCGUCUGCAUGAACUGUGACAUCAAGCACAUGUUCUUGUGCCAUUUUUAAUUUGUUCCCAUUUUAUCUGUGUGUUGAUUGAGUGAAAAUUUGUACAUAGUGAAUGAUUGGGUGGAUUUAAACUAGUAGGAAGUUACUGUCCUCACCACAAAGUCAGAAAUAUACUACGACAUAGUACAAUAUGAUGUUGAAGCAGUUUGAGAUUAUUCUUCAAAAGCACAAUGCACAGAAAUAUAUUCUAGUUUGUGAAUUUUCCAUGUACACAAAAUAUCCAAAAAAGUGAUAUGAAUGUAAUUUUUGAUUUUGCUGAUGAGGACAGAAACUUUCACUGCUCUCUGUGUGUAUAAAUGUACAAGCGUUAAUAAUGAUCAGUAUUGUCGCUGCUAAGGGUCUUUCACAGUUUUAGUGGGCACAUUGUGUGUAAAGAGAGCGUGUUCUAUACUUAUGGAUAAAUCCAGAGUAUGUCCGCAGAGUGUAUGAGUGGUUGCCAUGGUUAUGUCCAACACACGUGUAAUACACGUGUCACGGAAAAUAAAAAUUAUUUUUCAAAAAGUU